AUGCAACUUUGGCUGGCGCUUAGUCUGUGUACGUUUGAUCGUGCCGCCUUCUGGGGGCAGAGUGGGAUCUACGGGCGUGGUAAACGGAUGAUGUCUUUCAGAGUGUCGAUCAGCUGUCGCAACUCCUGGGUGUUGACCCAGCCCGUGCCCUCUUCAUGCGCACAAUUCUCGCUGCUUCGUCCUCCCUUUUUUGUGAUUCGCGUCGGAUUUAUUGUCACCCUGGGGGUCACCGCUACAGAUAAAAUGCCUAUGCUGAGUGGCCGGACUACGGGCGAGAUCAAGGGCUCCAUACGUUUCCCACGGCGGCCCCAAAUCAUACUCCGGGCUGUCCCACUCGAGAAAGAUAUGUGGAGUGAGGAUAAAGUAUAUAAAGUAUCUCGGUAG